AUGGUCAAAGUCUUGGUCACAGGAGCCUCUGGCUUCAUUGCACAGCAUAUAGUGAAGCAGCUCAUUGAGCAGAAAUACACGGUUGUUGGAACGGUUCGUCUGGACGCCAAGGGAGAGAAGCUUGUGAAGAACUUGAGUGGAGGCCUGUUUUCAUAUGAGAUAGUGAAAGAUAUCAGUGAACCCAAUGCUUUCGAUGGGGUGUUUGAGAAACAUCAGGAUUUGGAUAUUGUGCUUCAUACGGCGUCGCCGUUCUUUUACGAUACUACGGAUCCAGAGAACGAGUUGGUGGUGCCUGCUAUCAGAGGAACAGAAAGUGUGUUCAGAGGUAUCCAGAAACAGGUUCAGGCUGGUAAUAAGAGUAUAAAGAGGGUCGUGGUGACGUCCAGUGACGCUGCUUUGUACUCUGCUGACGAUGAACAGAAUGGGAAGUUGACGUUUGAUGAGUCUUCAUGGAAUGGUAUUACGUAUGAAGAUGCUAUUAAGGAUCCAAUCAGUGCGUACUAUGGAGCCAAGACGUUUGCAGAGAAGAAGGCUUGGGAGAUUGCAAAAGAAACAGAUGGGUUUCCUGUGGUUGCUGCUGUUAAUCCAGUGUACGUGUUUGGUCCUCAGGCGUUUGAUAACGAAGCUGAGGGUAAAUUGAACACGUCUAAUGAGAUGAUUCGUGAUCUUUUGAAGUUGAAGGAAGGUGACUCGUUUUCUAAUGACGCAGGUGGGUUCAUUGACGUCCGUGACGUUGCUCGUGCCCAUUUAUUGGCUUUCCAGAAGGAGGAGACCGCUGGAAAGAGACUUUUUAUGGCCAAUGGCAAUUUCAGCGUGCAAAUGAUGCUUGAUGCUGUGCAUAAGAACUUCCCUGAGUUUGGUAGUUUGCCUAAGGGUACGCCAGGAUCGGGAGAGAAUGAUAUUUCGACGUUGGCGGUGAAGAAUAACGAGAAAACAAGGCAGUUGCUUCUGUUUGAGUUUGUGCCUUUCGAGAAGGUUAUCGUGGACGUUGUCAAGCAGAUCCAGGCCAACCAGAAGGUUUAG